CUCAUUUCUUCUAUUAAUUCUCCUCUUUCAUCAAUCUAAUCUCUCUCCCUCUCUCUCUUUCAUUUCUUUCUAGCUAGGGUUUAAGUUUCAGACCCAAUCGAGCUACUUGGAUAUUUAAAAAAGAAACAAGCGUAAGGAUGAACACGCAUAACAUGGUUAAGCAAGAAUUUAUCAAGAAAUGGAUAACUACUCUCCACAUGUUAGAUUCCUCUGUUGAACAUCCCACGAACAUAACCGAGAGGAAAAACGCGAUAAGACAAUCAUCGGACUUAGCUAUGGCAGCUGCUAGAAGCGGCGCAACCGUAUGGAGCCGCGCUCUCAUCUCUAGGACGGGAAACAAGACAACUAAUAAACCCGUGGCUCUUCGAAUACUCAAGAAAGCUCGAAAUCGAUUGAAGAAUCGUUGUACUACUGUUAGACGAAAUGGUACGAAAAUCGGAGUGAGAAGACGUACGGAGUUGCUUAAGAGUCUAGUACCGGGAGGCGAGUUAAUAGAUGACAAAGAGUAUUUGAUAAGAGAGACACUUGAUUACAUUGUUUAUCUCCGAGCGCAAGUGGACGUUAUGCGAACCGUCGCAUCCGUCGAUUUGGUCACCGGAGAUUCACCGUACCGCCCUAGGAACAAAUAAAUGUGCAUGCAACAUUUCAAACCCUUGUGAAUAUGAAGUAGCUAAUGACUAAGAUGUAAGUCCACGUGUACAUAUAUAUAAGAUAAAACUAUCUUUGAAUAUAA